GGAAGUUCCGGUCAGGCGUCAGCCAUAAUGAAAGCGGCAGAACUUGUUCUCUGAAGACGAUAGCUCUUAUGCCCGUUUCAAAUGUUUUACUAAAAGAUUAAGUCUGAGGAGGGUAACAUCAACAGUGAGGACAAACCCAGCCUGCCUCUCUCCUUCCACACUGAGUAGAAACCUACAGUCACUGGGUCCUGAUUGUGACAGUGGAGCCCAGUUUGCACGGCAGGAUCCAGAGAUGGCAUCAAUGAAGCUGGAAGACUGCAGUCAAACACUGGAGCUGAAUGUCAACAUUAAAGAUGAAGAAGAGGAGGAGAAGAUUAGGACAACUGUUAGUCAUGGAGACCAUGUUGAGACAUUCUCUCCAUCCAGAGAGCAUCAGCAGGAAGAUCAGAGAGCUAAGAGGUCUCACCACUGCCCACGUUGUGAGGAGAUUUUCCCAAUUCUAUCAAAGCUAAAAGUACACUUAAAAAUACACACAGGAGAGAAUCUGUAUUCCUGUACUGACUGUGGGAAGAGAUUCACAACAUCAAGGGCUCUGAAACUUCAUCAGAGAGUGCACACAGGAGAGAAGCCUUACUACUGCUCGUACUGUGGGGAGAGUUACUCUCAACAGAGCAACUUCAAAAAACACCAACGUCUACACACAGGAGAGAAGCCUUACUCCUGCUGUGACUGUGGAAAAUGUUUUACAACAUCAUCUGAGUUAACAGUUCAUCAGAGAACACACACUGGAGAAAAGCCUUACAUCUGCUCUGACUGUGGGAAGAGUUUCUCUCACCUGUGUAACUUUAAAGCACACCAACGUAUACAUUCAGGAGAGAAGCCAUACUCCUGCUCUGACUGUGGGAAAAGUUUCUCCCGAUUGUAUACCUUAAAGUCACAUGGACGUACCCAUACAGGAAAGAAGCCUUACUCCUGUUCUGACUGUAGGAAGAGUUUCUCACACCAGGGUAGCUUUAAAGCACACCAACGUAUACACACAGGAGAGAAGCCUUACUCUUGCUUUGACUGUGGGAAGAGUUUCUCUCAACAGAGCAACUUAAAAACACACCAACGUAUACACACAGGAGAGAAGCCUUACUACUGCUCUGACUGUGGGAAGAGUUUCUCUCAAGAGAGCAACUUAAAAACACACCAACGUAAACAUAAAGGAGAGAAGCCUUACUACUGCUCUGUCUGUGAGAAGAGUUUCUCUCUUCAGAACCAAUUAAAAACACACCAAUGUAUACAUAAAGGAGAGAAGCCUCGUCAGUUCUCUCAGACCAGCUGAGAUUUAAAUGCAGUGAUAGAGUGAUUUUAAUCUUCAGGACUUCAGGACAAUGUCCUGAAUGUCCUUGAGUGGCCCAGCCAGAGCCCGGACUUGAACCCGAAUGAACAUCUCUAAAUUGACCUGAAAAUAGCUGUGCAGCGACGCUCCUCAUCCAACCUGACAGAGUUUUAGAGAAUCUGCAGAGAAGAAGGGGUGAAACUCCUCAAAUACAGGUUUGCCAAGCUUGUAGCAUCAUACCCAAGAAGACUCGGGUCUGUAAUCACUGCCAAACGUGCUUCAACAAAGUACUAAGUAAAGGGUCUGAAUACUUAUGUAAAUGUGAAAUUUGAGUUUUUAAACAAAAAUACAUCUAAAAACCUGUUUUUGCUUUGUGUAAAUUGAUGAGGGGGGGAAAAAACUGGCCAGUUACCAGGAAAGCGCCUCAUCCAUCCACCACCACUACCAAACCUUGAACCAGCUGCUAAAAAAAGGUAGCUAAUCAGGAGAAAAGGAUAAUAAAAUGUAUUCAGACCUGGAAAUAGGAGUUUCCUUUCACAUGAUACAGAGGGAGAACUAAUGUACAGGAUUUCACAUUUGCACAUAAGUUGUUGAAUAGUUUAAACUGUUGUAGCGGAAGUUGAGUUUUAGCAACCCAUUAUCGAGUGACAGGUUCAGGUUGUCCAAAUACACUGAACAAAAGUAUAAAACGCAACAUGUAAAGUGUUGGUCCCACGUUUCAUGAGCUGAAAUAAAACAUCCCAGAAAUGUUCUAAAUACAUUAAAAGCUUAUUUCUCUCAAAUGUUGUGCGCACAUUUGUUUACGUCCCUGUUAAUGAGCAUUUCUCCUUUGCCAUGAUAAUCCAUCCACAGGUAUGGCAUAUCAAGAAGCUGAUUUAAACAGCAUGAUCAUUACACUGGUGCACCUUGUGCUUUGGACAAUAAAAGGACACUUUAUUAAAAUGUGCAGUUUUGUAACAAUGCCACAGAUGUCUCAAGGUUUGUGGUUGGCUUGCUGACUGCAAGAAUGUCCACCAGAGCUAUUUCCAGAUAAUUUAAUGUUAAUUUCUCUACCAUCAGCUGCCUCCAAUGUAAUUUUCAGAGAAUUUGGCGGUUUGUCCAACCGGCCUCACAACCGCAGACCACAUGUAACCAUGCCAGCCAUGACCUCCACCUCCAGCUUCUUCACCUGCGAGAUUGUCGGGGGGCUGAGGAGUAUUUCUGUCUGUAAUAAAGCAAUUUCUAUCUCCUAGAGAUGAACGUACUUUGGUGUGAAAAGUGCAAAUCAAUCCCAGAACAACAGCAAAGGACCUUGUGAAGAUGCUGGAGGAAACGCGUACAUCUAUCCACAGUAAAACAAGUCCUAUAUCGACAACCUGAAAGGCCGCUCAGCAAGGAAGAAGCCACUGCUCCAUAACUGCCAUAAAAAAGCCAGACUACGGUUUGCAACUGCACAUGGGGACAAAGAUGGUACUUUUUGGAGAAACGUCCUCUGGUCUGAUGAAACAAUAAUAUAACUGUUUGGCCAUAACGACCAUUGUUAUGUUUGAAGGAAAAAGGGGGAGGCUUGCAAGCCGAAGAACACCAUCCCAACCGUGAAACACUGGGGUGGCAGCAUCAUGUUGCUUUGCUGCAGGAGGGACUGCUGCACUUCACAAAAUAGAUGGCAUCAAGAGGAAGGGAAAUUAUGUGGAUAUAUUGAAGCAACAUCUCAAGACAUCAGUCAGGAAGUUAAAGCUUGGUCGCAAAUGGGUCUUCCAAAUGGACAAUGACCCCAAGCAUACUUCCAAAGUUGUGGCAAAGUGGCUUAAGGACAACACAGUCAAGGUAUUGGAGUGGCCAUCACAAAGCCCUGACCUCAAUCCUAUAGAAAAUUUGUGUGCAGAACUGAUAAAGCGUGUGCGAGCAAGGAGGCCUACAAACCUGACUCAGUUACACCAGCUCUGUCAGGAGGAAUGGGCCAAAAUUCACCCAACUUAUUGUGGGAAGCUUGUGGAAGGGUACCCAAAACGUUUGACCCAAGUGAAAAAAAUUAAAGGCAAUGCUACCAAAUACUAAUUGAGUGUAUGUAAACUUCUGACCCACUGGAAAUGUGAUGAAAGAAAUAAAAUCUAAAAUAAAUCAUUAUCUCUGCUAUUAUUCUGACAUUUCACAUUCUUAAAAUAAAGUGGUGAUCCUAAUUGACCUAAGACGGGAAUUUUUUACCAGGAUUAAAUGUCAGGAAUUGAGUUCCAAUAUAUUUGGCUAAGGUGUAUGUAAACUUCCGACUUAAGUCGGGAAACAGGAAGUUCCGGGCAGGCUUUAGACACAAUGAAGUCUGCGGAACUGUGCUCUGAAGACGAUAGCGCGUGUGUCCGUUUCAAAAGUAUUACUAAAGGCUGACUCAGAUUAAGUCUGAGGCCGGUAACAUCAACAGUGAGGACAAACCCAGCCUGCCUCUCUCCUUCCACACUGAGUCCAAACCUACAGUCACUGGGUCCUGAUUGUGACAGUGGAGCCCAGUUUGCACUGCAGGAUCCAGAGAUGGCAUCAGUGAAGCUGGAGGACUGCAGUCAAACACUGGAGCUGAAUGUCAACAUUAAAGAUGAAGAAGAGGAGGAGGAGAUUGGGUUCCUCAUAAAUUAGACUGAGUCAUAAGAAGAGGUCGACCGAUUGUGAUUUUUCAAUGCAGAUACCGAUUAUUGGAGGACAAAAAAAGCCGAUACCGAUUAAUCGGACGAUUUAUUAAAAAAACAUUUAUUUUUAAAUAUAUAUAUAUAUAUAUCAUACACACACACACACAUUUUUGUAAUAAUGACAUUUGCAACAAUACUGAAUGAACACUUUUAUUUUAACUUAAUAUAAUACAAAAAUACACACACAUGCACAGCUCUGAAGUGACAAUGAUUUUCUUCAUAUUGGUGUCCUUUAGUAGUGGUUUAUUUGCAUCAAUUCGACCAUGAAGGCCUGAUUCACGCCAGUCUCCUCUGAACAGUUGAUGUUGAGAUGUCUGUUACUUGAACUCUGUGAAGCAUUUAUUUGGGCUGCAAUCUGAGGUGCAGUUGACUGUAAUGAAUUUAUCUUCUGCAGCAGAGGAAAUUCUGGGUCUUCCUUUCCUGUGGCGGUCCUCACGAGAGUCAGUUUCAUCAUAGCGCUUGAUGGGUUUUGUGACUGCACUUGAAGAAACGUUCAAAGUUCCUGAAAUGUUCCGUAUUGAGUGACCUUCAUGUUUUAAAUUAAUGAUGGACUUUCAUUUAUUCUUCCUUAUUAGAGCUGUUCUUCUCAUAAUAUGGACUUGGUAUUUUACCAAAUAGGGCUAUCUUCUGUAUACCACCCCUGCCUUGUCACAACACAGGUGAUUGGCUCAAAUGCAUUUUAGAAGGAAACAAAUUCCACAAAUUAACUUUUAACAAGGCACACCUGACAAUUGGAAUGCAUUCCAGGUGACUUCCUCAUGAAGCUGGCUGAGAGAAUGCAAAGCUUUCAUCAAGGCAAAGGGUGGCUACUUUAAAGAAUCUCACAUUUUAAAUAUAUUUUUGAUGUCUUCACUAUUAUUAUACAAUGUAGAAAAUAGUAAAAAUAAAGAAAAACCCUGGAAGGA